AUGACGAGUGAAAAACAAGAAAAAAUUGACGAACAAAUUCGGCCAUUAUAUGCUGAAUUACAAAAAUAUGGACAAACACAAGAUUGGGAUCGAGCUUUGAAAGUGACGAAAAAAAUAUUGGGUAUUUCAAGUAAUGAAAAAAAGGCAACACAUUGUAAAAUAAUUUGUUUAAUGCAACUUGAUAAAUUCGAUGAAGCAUUAACUACAGUUAUUAAAAAUACAGUAGAUACAGGAGAUUUGAUAUUUGAACGUGCAUAUUGUGAAUAUCGUCUUAAUCGUAUUGAAGAUUCGUAUAAGACAUUAAAAAAUACGGAAAGAGAAUUAGAUGAACGUGAACAAGAACUUUUUGCACAAGUGCUUUUUAAAUUAGAAAAAUACAAUGAAUGUGUUGAAUCUUAUCGUUCAUUACUUAAAAAUAAUGAUGAUGAAUAUCAAUCAAUUCGUCAAGCAAAUUUUAUUGCUGCUUUAUCAACUUGGAAAUUAACAGAUGCUUCAAGCAAAAUUCAAAUGGAAUCAAAUGAUUUAAAUGAUGAAACAUAUGAUACAACAUAUAAUUCAGCAUGUGUUCUUCUUAGUUCAGGUCAAUACGUUGAAGCUGAAAGUAAACUUCGAAAAGCUGAUGCUCAAUGUCGACGUGAAUUAGAAGAAGAAGGAGAUAUGACAGAAGAAGAAAUCUUACGUGAAACUGCUAAUAUUCGGGUACAAUUAGCGUAUUGUCUUCAACAACAAGAUAAAAAUGUCGAAGCAUUAACACUUUAUAAUGAUGUACUCAAAUCAAAACCAACAGACUUAGCUGUUAUUGCUGUUGCAUCAAAUAAUUUAGCAGUAUUAAAUCGUGAUCAAAACUUAUUUGAUUCUCGUAAACGUAUUAAAACAGCUACAGCACCUGAAACCGAACCGAAAUUAAAUGCUUUUCAAAAGAAAAUUGUUCAAGUUAACGAAGCAUUAUUAGCUAUCUAUACAGGACAACAUGAAACUGCUCGACGAAUACUUGAUAAAAUGGUUCAGAAAAAUGAUGAUACUGAUGAUACAAUUCCAUUAGCAAAAGUAUCAUUAUUAAUCAAAGAAAAAAAAUUACCGGAAGCAACUCAAGUAUUACAAGAAUUUAUUCAAAAUGAUAAACAAAAACAUGUUUCACUUUAUUGUCGUUUAACAUUUGUACAACUUCUUCUUUCACAAGGAAAAGUAAAUCAAGCUUGUGAUUAUUUAAGAAAUGAUAAUGAAUUAUUAGUUAAACCAGGCAUUGUAGCAACAUUAGUUACGCUUUAUAAUUAUUUAGAAGAUUCUAAAUCUGCUGCACAAGUUCUUAAUGAAGCUGUUGAUCGUUUAUAUAAUCUUGAUCGAACAAAAGGAAAAAAUUCUCGUGCACUCGCAUAUUUAAUUAAACAAAAUAUAAUUUAUCAAGAAAAACAAGGCAAUGCACAACGAGUUACUGAAAUGCUUGAAAUUCUUCAUAAACUUUAUCCAAAUGAUACAAAUAUUUUAUCAAAAUUAAUUGUUCAUUAUUUAAAAUCUGAUCCGGAACGAGCUAAUUUAUUAGCACAAAAAUUACCAUCAAUUAAACAAUUAGCUGAAGGUAUCGAUGCUGAUAUGCUUGAAUCAACAUUUGGUAAACGAAUACCAAAAACUGAAAAAACAACUGAAAAAACAAAAGCCGUUAUUUCAAAAGCAACACCAACAGCUGCAGCUGCAACAAAUGCUGCUAAACAAAAGAAAAAACGAAAACGCAAAAUUCAAUUACCUAAAAAAUAUGAUCCAUCAUCAAAACCUGAUCCUGAACGUUGGUUACCAUUACGUGAACGUACAUAUUAUCGUGGUAAACGAGGAAAACGUGGUAAACAAGCAGCUGUAGGAAGAGGUACACAAGGUACAGUUGGAUCUGAUCAAUCAGCUACAACAACGAUAACAACAGCUUCUGGUGCUCAACGAUCGAUGCCAACAUCGAAAACGACGACAACAGGAGCUACAUCAACUCAAUCAAAACCAAUGCCACCACCUGGAAAAUCAGUAGCAGGAAAGAGAAAAGGAAAACGUUAA